AGAACUCACAGAUGCCGGAAGGAAGUGGCAGAGCAGUUGCUAUGUUGCAACGAUAUGAAUGGAACUUCCUUAAAGUCCUCCUUUAUCUCCACAAAUAUAUCUUUUUCUCACAUUGACGUUUAAAAACUGAAAGCAACAGACGACUCUAAGAUGGGCUACAUGAGUGUGGAGGAGCACACCCCCUCGCUGCUGCGCCUCCGCAGGUCGCCUGGCGUGCGCUCCUGGUCUCUACUCGUGGCUCUGGUGUCGGUGGGGCUGGCGGCGGCGUACUACAGCUCAGACGGCCUCUUCUGGAAGAGCUUCUACGUGGCCGGCUGCCUGUUUGUGGCCCUCCAGAACAUGGAGGACUGGGAGGAGGCCGCCUUUGACAAAGACAAGAACCAGAUCGAGCUGAAGAGCAGCAGCUUGUACACGUUGGUGCUGACCUUGUGGAAAAAGGGUCACGAGCGUGUUGUGUUGGAUCUCAGGCAGCUGUGCGACGUCUGCGUUCAGGAGGAGACGGUGCGUUACUUAGGAAAAGGGUAUCUGCUGAUGCUGAAGCUGGAGGCCGGCUUCUCCUACCCCCUCACCCAGAGCGCCACGCUGGCAGGACCCGGUGACGUGGAGGCGGUUGGCGUCCUCCUGAAGCGCUUCCUGAAGCUGGAGGAGCUUCAGCGACACAGACAGCAGGACUACGAUGACGAUGAGGAGGAGGAGGAAGACUCUGUGAACCUGACGGACUCAGACGAUGAAGCAGAGCAGCUCUGAUCUUCUUCUUUUUGACUUCAAACACAUCGUUUGUCUUAAUUGCUGUUUGCCUUCCUGCUGAACUCUUAACGAGCGUUUACCUGUAAUGGAAGAGGCUCCGCCCACAGUCUUUGGGACCACCCUGCAGAUAUGUACCCCUCAGGUUUAUGCAUGUGCAGACAGGAGCUGUUUUCAGUAUUUUGACACAGGAUUCUCAGGUUAACGCGUUUAGAUUUUACUCAAACUCUUAUUUCCAGAGGAAAUAAAACCAAAGCUCCUUUUUUUUUUAAGAAAUGUGAUUUUAUUGUUUAGCAUUGAAUAAAGUUGUGCAGAACUGGA